UCGGAAAAACCCGGAAGUUUCGGGAUGUUUCGUCGACUAAGUUUAUUGUUUGCAAAUUGGCCUUUCAUUUGACUCUUGAUGCAGAGAAGCUGCUGGCAAUAUAGCACGGUGUCUCAAAGUUCUGCAACAGGAGCAGACAUUUUGGGAAAGGACUGUCUGAUGUCAGGCACAAAGGUCCAUGAUGCCUCCAAACAGAAGAUGGAGAAACCCUUGCAGCUGGUUUGUAACAAGGAUGGGAAGUUGCACCUGAAUCCAGAGGCUCUGAAUUUCCUCCAGUCCAUCGAGGAUCCAAUGGUUAUUGUGGCUGUGGUUGGUCCUGCUCGUACAGGGAAGUCCUACCUCAUGAACUGCCUUGCUGUAGACAAGAAAGGAUUCUCAGUGGCUUCAACCACACAGGCUCACACCAAAGGAAUCUGGAUGUGGUGUCGAUCCCUCCCUCAGAGACCCAAUGAGGUCCUCCUGUUGUUGGACACCGAGGGUCUGGGAGAUCCUAAGAAGGGAGACAUCGAUAAUGAUAAUUCUAUCUAUUUACUGGCUAUCCUUCUGAGCAGCAUCCUCAUUUACAAUAGUAAAAAUCAAAUAGACCAGCAAUCCCUGCAAGACCUAUAUUUUGUGACUGAACUGUCCAAGCGGAUCCAAAUGAAGUCCCAGCCUGAUGGCUGCAACGGUUGGGACUUUGUCCGUUUCUUCCCUGAAUUUGUCUGGGUGAUCCGUGAUUUGACACUGGAUUUGAACGUCGAUGACAAAGAUGCAACUCCAAAUGACUACCUGGAGCACAUUCUGAAACUGAAGGACGGUGACAGCAGUGAGCAGAACAAGAAAUACAAUGAACUCCGCAGGUGUAUCCGCGAUAACUUUCCUUCACGUUGCUGCUUUGCAUUUCCCAUUCCCGCACACAGGAAGAAACUCAAGCAGCUCCAGGAACUGGAGGACAAGGAUCUGGAUGAGGAUUUUGUUACGGAGCGGCAGAACCUCAUCGAUUACAUUCACAACCAUAAGAAAGUCAAGAGAGUUGUUGGGGGUCAGCUGGUCACAGGCAGGAGAUUUGCUGAAUUGGCCAAGGUGUAUGUGGGGAUGUUGGCAGAUGGAGUCCUACCAUGUGUGGAGAACAGUGUCGCCAAAUUAGCGGAGCUGGAAAACCAAGCAGCAGUAGAUGAAGCCCUGAAAUUCUAUAGUGAUGGAAUGAAAAAAUUCUCAGAACCUGGCUGUCUUACUAUGAGCAAACUCAUAGAGGAUCACAAUGCGAGGAGCAUAGAGGCAUUCAGUAUCUUCCACAAAAGAUGUAUGAACACCAACAGUGGCAAAUACAUCCAACAGCUGGAGGAGACAAUGAGCUCUACUUACGAGUCUCUCAAAGCCAAGGUCAAGAAAAAGUCACAAGAGGAAUGUGACAGACAUCUAAAAGAAGUAAUGUCAUCAAUAACAGAAAACUUGACAUCUGGGCAUUACCUGAGACCUGGUGGUUUCCAGGAGCUGACCAAGGAUCUUGAUAAGGCCAUCAAAGAGUAUGAAGAAAGGACUAAGAAUGAGAUGGAGGGGUGGGCUGUCCUCACCCACUUCCUGGCAGAGGAAAAACGUCGUCGAGAUCUGGUACAGAAAAUGGACAGCAGGCUGACGGAGGAACAAAAACCUGACUCUGCUUUGGAACAGGAGCUCGAGAGGAUGAAACAGGAGAUGAAGAUGAUGGAGCAGAGGAGAAAGGCAUUUGAGGAAUGCAGGAAUAAGGAAAUCAUGGAGCAGAUCAGGAAAAGAUUUGAGGAAGGUAAAAAGUGCAGUGUGGAAGAGUUGAAGGAAGCCAUGGAGCAUAUGAGGAGUGAGAUGGAGAAAUAUGAAGUUGAAGGUAGGAUGGAGGAUGCGCAAAGGGCUCAGCAGAGGUACGACUACCUGAACGAAAAAUAUGAAGGGGCAAAAAAAUGGAGUUUUAUGCAAUUCUUUAGGGAGAAUGCUGAGAUUUUUGCUGCACUGGCAUCUAUAGCGGUACAAAUUAUUGUAUCUUUACCAAGAAAGUAGUCAACAAAGAUAUGAAUGAGAUCAUCAUUUCUGCAUGAACCAGUGUAAUAUGUCCCACUCACUAAUUCCCCUCACACAGCCCACAGACACCCUCCCCAAACACCGACUUUCUCCACUCACCAAGUCCCCUCCCAUAACCCACCGACACUCUCUCCCAUCACCUGCAUUUUGCCAGCCACUGAAUCCUCUCCUGCAGCCUACAGCGCUCUCCCCAACCCAUUCAAUUCCCUCCCACAGUCCAUGGAGAGUUUCCCCAACACUUGCCCCUAUCACCCACUGAAUCCCCUAUUUUGAAUUCCACACAGUGCAUGAGAAACACAAUAAUUUUGCCUGAUGACGUUUCUUGAUUAAUCAUGAUUAGUUCAAACACAUCAAAGCUUUAGCAUGUAGUUUCAAACAAUUCUGGUUACUUUUUAGUCUCACAACCUCUACUUGUGUUCAUACAUUACCUGCUCCAGGUGAACACAUCCAGAUUUCAAUGCAUUGAAUUCUUCUCUGAGACAGGGUGGACAUUUCUUCAGCAGUUGUUGGACUCCAGAACUGCCACCACUAAAUAUCUCCUCAUGCACAUUUUAUGCAUACCUGCAUAAAGGUUCCAGACUCUACCUAGUUAUUGGUAGCUAAUUAUAAAGCUGCAUGUCCAGUUCUUAUCCAUGAUUUUUUCAGUCCUCUCAUAAUCCUGUCCACACUGUACCACAAUUACCUGAACUAUCAGUUCUUUAAUUAUAAGUGGUUCUAUCCUUGGACAAUUAAUCAAACUCUCCCCAGCGCAGAAUGUCAGCAUCGACAUCCUAAUUAUCAGCUGGUUUAUUGUUCUGGGUCAGUGGUCAGCUCUAUUCAAGACUGACCCUGUGUUGAUAAUGUGGCCUUCCUCCACUCUGCUCUGUGUUCUGUGGAUCCCUCUCUCACCAGCAGAGGUUCCUCCCAGAGCCUGAUGGGGAACUUGUCAUCUCCCUCUGGCUGCUAUAUUCCCACCAUCAAUCCACGAUCAGUGUGAUUACUGGAUCACACUAAUUAACCAGGCAAUAAAACCGACCACCAUCAAUGAACAAUUGGAAACUGAAAUGUGGGAACAGAUGUACUUUCAGCAGAGAUACGUGAGACUGCAGGUGCUGGAAUCUGGAACAGCAAGCAGGAAGAUGGAGGAAUCUUCAGGAUCAGCGUUUGUUGGUGGGGGUGGGGGAGAAGGAAUUAUUUAUGCUGGGUCAAGAUCAUGUACUGGAACUGAUAAAGUCUCAACUCAAAAUGUCAACGAUUCCUUUCCAACCUUGGAUACUGCUUGAUCCAUUGAGUUCCUCCAGCAGGAUAUUGCUUUAUACAAGUUGAGUGAAUAGUUUUAGUUAAUAGAUUUGUUAAGUAACAUAGAUGCUGCAUUUAACCACAAUAUAACUUUAUUAACAAAUCAGUAAUCUGUUCAAUUAGCCAAAUCAAUGUAACUGCAAUAAUAAGAAUCAGGACAUAUAUGUGUGGAUGAACAUAGAUAUUGGGCCCUCAUCCCCCACGUGGACGUCUGGAUUGAAAUACUAGCAGUUUGUGUAUGCUGGUAAAUCUGUGAAACUUUCAUAAAGGUCUGGUAUGAAGGAGGGAGCUGUUUUCUAUUGCAUUUAGAAUAUUCCAGGGAGGAGAAGAAUAUGAUGGCCAUAUCUUUGUAGAUUAUUGUUUCAAAGUUUAAGUUAUUAUCAAAGUACGUAUGCAACUGUGAGAUUCUUUUUCUCCAGAUAGCCAUGAAACAAAGAAAUACAUAAGCUAGUUCAGAAAGAAACAGCAAAACAAUUCUCCCCCCCCCCCCGCAUAAUGAAAAGCAGCAGCACUGGAAUCAUCAUUGCACUAGGAAUCAGUGACAUCUAUGAAGAUAGUCUCACAUUAAUAAAAAUCAAAUAAAUUAUUGUGGCCAAAGUUGGUUGAGAGAUGAAAUGUGAAACAAAAUAUCAGCCUUUCAACUUUCAAAAUUGAGGUGGGAAUGUGGAGCCACUAUUUGCCUUUACCUCCAUAAGCAACUCUGUUGUGAUGACUAUAGUUCAAAUUGUGAAGUUCUCAAAUGCAUGUAACUGGAUUUUGGAUUUUAAACCUGAAAAGUGCAGGAACUGUGGGGUGGAUGAGAGAAGGAUAAAUAUUCUAUUUAUUACAGGAAUUAACAAGGGACAUUAUAACCUUUGAUUAUAAUUCUUAUAUUUGUACUGUGUAUGCUAAUCAAAAUGGCUUUUUUGUUAAAAGUAAAAUAUUCUUUGUUAUGCUAACAGGACAGAGAGUGCUUUUCUUGCAGAGCACUCUUGAAGCCUGUUUAUGUUAAAGUUGCUGAUAACUAGGAUUGUAUUCAUUCAUUAUCCAAUUGUGUUGGAUGUUAUUUUCUCUUGCGGGUCUGGGAACUGGGAUUGCGCAGUCUUUUCGGGAGUCAGGAACAAGACGAUGAGAAAGGAGGAUAAAUGUGGCACUGUUGGUCAAUCACUGAGGGUGGUGCCAGGUGUGCGGGGUCAUGGAGGUUGGAGGAGAGCGAAGAGGGGUCGGACGAUUUGAUGGCUGAGUUCCAACGAUGUGCACUAAAUUGACUGAGCUCUGAUAGGCUUUGGUGCCUUUUCUUUUCCUUCAUAUAUUCUGUAUUGUUAUUAAUCACUUAGUUGUAGUAAGAUUUAUAAAGUGUAUUCUGCAAAUGUACCUGGUGUUCUUUUGAUAUCGUGUGUGCAAGUUUGGGUUGGCGUGUAUUCCACAGCAUCCAUGUAUACGGGAGGCGUGGUUUGGUGGGUGAACAAAUUUUCCCCCAGGCAUACACCAGCCGAUCGCAUUGAGCAUUACGUAUUGGUAAUUAUAUCCCUCAUGUUUAUUAUACUGAUUGCUAUUAUAUUAAAUUCAGAUAAGUGGCUCCAUUGAAGGCACAAUAAUCAGGGAACCAAACUUGGGUGACUUUGUGGAGUUGACAGGUUGGGAUAUCUGCUGAAUGGGUUUGUUUGGUGAGAAGAAUAAUCAGUUUGGUGGGCCUCCAAGCAGGAACCAAAGCUUGUUCAGCCUGCUGUUAAUUCUCAUACCAUUGCCCCUACAUGCAGUACCCACAGGUGCUACAGAGCAAGUGGAACAUCAAUACUUGUUUCAGUAUUUGGUUCAUCAUGUGUGGCAUGCUCUUGUACAAUACUCAGAUCAGCAUCAUUAUUGUAUCCUUGGCCUGAGCAUCAACACCUGUAUUAUCAAUGGAACAAGUUGGAAUACUCUAAACUAAACAGGACACAUGAUCACAUGUCAAUUAGCUAAAUAUGGAGAACUAACCCUGGAAUGACCAUAAGCUGCAGGUAUGGACUCAAAGAGGCAUCAUUUUCAAUGAGGCUGAAUUUCUGACUCAGAACUAGAGAAGGUAAUUUAUUUUCAAAUUCUUUUGGAAAUGAGUUAGAAAGCAGAUCACUACAAUGUUUACUAAUGUUGGAGGGACAUCACGUCAGGAAGGAAAAUAAUUGUUCAGGACCACUAGGAUUGAGAUGUAAAUUUCACCUUAGUUGACCCUUUCUAAUCCACGUAGCUAUCCAAAUGCAUUUUACACAUUAUUGUAACUGCAUCAACCACUUCCUCUCAGAGCUUCUUCCAUGUCCAUGUAGUAUGCUCUGUCCUUUGUGUAAAAUAAGUUUCUAUUAAAUCUUUCUCCUCUCAUGUGAACCUCUAUGUUCUAGCUCUUUAUUCCCAUACUCUGGGGUAAAAGACUGAGUGCAUCAUGAUUCACAUGAUUUUAUGCAUUUCUGUAAGGAAACAGUCCCGACCUAUCCAGCAGCUCCCUAUUAAUUAUUCCUAACGACCUGUGUUACAUACUGUGGAAUGCAGCCAGUGAGUGAGUGGGCCAGUGAAGGAGUGGAAAUUUGGGGCUUUAACUCAAGAGAUUCUGGAAGGUUUGGCAGUUAGACUGUGCAAUCAAGUCAAUCAAGAUUUGAAUAGCUCAGCAGAAAGCCAUUGAUUAGACAAUCAAGAUUUGAAUAGCUCUGACUCAGCAGAAAGCAGCUGAUUGGGCAAUGGAGGUCAGGUGACCAAGCAGUGUGAAAAGUCCAAACAAAUAAAUAGAGGGUUACCUCAAGCGGAGCGGCCUGCGGAAAGCGGCAGGGAGUGAGUGGGCCAGUGAAGGAGUGGAGAUUUGAGGCUUUGACUCGAGAGAUUCUGGUAGUUUUGACAGUUGGACUGUGCAAUCAAGUCAAUCAAAAUUCAUAUAGCUCAGCUGAAAGACAUUGAUUAGACAAUCAAGAUUUGAAUAGCUCAGAUUCAACAGAAAGCAGCUGAUUGGGCAAUCGAGGUCAGGUGACCAAGCAGUUUGAAAAGCUCAAGCAAAUAAAUAGAGGGUUACCUCAAGCGAAGGAGUGGAGAUUUGAGGCUUUGACUCGAGACUCUUUGAAGAAAAGAGGCGGAGGAUGAGCUUCACUCCAAGUGAGGCAAGGCUGGGUAAGUUCUUUUCAAAGGAGAAAGUUUCAAAAGUUGAGGCAAGUAUUGGGUAGGUCAUGGCAGCUGAGAUUGGCCCCAUGGUUUGUUCAUCCUGCAGCAUGUGGGAAAUCAGGGAUACUUCCAGUGUCCCUGACGACUAUGUGUGCAGGAAAUGUGUCCAACUGCAGCUUCUGGCAGACCGCAUUGAGCGUCUGGAGCUGCGAUUGGAUUCAUAUUGGAGCAUCCGUGAUGCUGAGAAAAUCAUGAAUAGCACGUUCAGUGAGUUGGACACACCGCAGGUAAACGCUACACAGGCAGAAAGGGAAGGGGUGACCAGUAGACAGCGUAGCAGUAGGCAGGUAGUGCAGGAGUCCCCUGAGGUAAUCUCCCUCCUAAACAGAUGUACUGUUUUGGAUAAUGUUGGGGGAGAUGUUUCAUCAGGGGAAGGCAGCAGCAGCCGAGUUCAUGGCACCAUGGGUGGCUCUGCGGCACAGGAGGGAAGGAAAAGGAGUGGGAGAGCUAUAGUGAUAGGGAAUUCAAUUGUAAGGGGAAUAGAUAGGCGUUUCUGCAGCCACAAAUGAGACUUCAGGAUGGUAUGUUGCCUCCCUGGUGCAAGGGUCAAGGAUGUCUCUGAGCGUCUGCAGGACAUUCUGGAAUGGGAGUGUGAACAGCCAGUGGUCGUGGUGCACAUAGGUACCAAUGAUAUAGGUAAAAAACUGGAUGGGGUCCUACAAGGUGAAUUUAGGGAGUUAGGAGAUAAACUAAAAAGUAGGACCACAAAGGUAAUAAUCUCUGGAUUACUACCAGUGCCACGUGCUAGUCAGAGUAGAAAUAGGAUAUUUCAGAUGAAUACAUGGCUUGAAAAUGGUGCAAGGAGGUGGAAUUCAAAUUUCUGGGGCAUUGGAACUAGUUCUGGGGGAGGUGGGACUAGUAUAAACAGGACGGUCUGCACCCAGGCUGGACUGGAACCAAUGUCUUAGGCAGAACGUUUGCUACUGCUGUUCAGGAGGCUUUAAACUAACGUGGCAGGGGGAUGGGAACAAGUGCAGAGAGACAGAGGGGUGUAAAAUGAGGGUAGAAUCAAAACGUAGUAAGGUGAAAAGUAAAAGUGGCAGGCAGGCAAAUCCAGGGCAAAAAGCAAAAAGAGCCACUUUUCAACAUAAUUGUAUAAUGGCUAAGAGUGUUGUAAAAACAAGCCAGGAGGCUUUGUGUGUCAAUGCGAGGAGCAUUCGUAACAAGGUGGAUGAAUUGAAUGUGUAGAUAGAUGUUAAUGAAUAUGAUAUAGUUGGGAUCACAGAGACAUGGCUCCAGGUUGACCAAGGAUGGGAGCUCAACAUCCAGGGAUAUUCAAUAUUCAGGAGGGAUAGACAGGAAAGAAAAGGAGGUGGGGUAGCAUUGCUGGUUAGAGAGGAGAUUAACGCAAUAGAAAGGAAGGACAUUAGCCUGGAGGAUGUGGAAUCGAUAUGGGUAGAGCUGCGUAACACUAAGGGGCAGAAAACGCUGGUGGGAGUUGUGUACAGGCCACCUAACAGUAGUAGUAAGGUUGGGCAUGGCAUUAAACAGGAAAUUAGAAAUGCGUACAAAAAAGGAACAGUAGUUAUAAUGGGUGCCUUCAAUCUACAUAUAGAUUGGGUGAACCAAAUUGGUAAGGGUGCUGAGGAAGAGGAUUUCUUGGAAUGUAUGCAGGAUGGUUUUCUGAAUCAACAUGUCGAGGAACCAACUAGAGAGCAGGCCAUUCUAGACUGGGUAUGGAGCAAUGAGGAAGGGUUAGUUAGCAAUCUUGUCAUGCGAGGCCCCUUGGGUAAGAGUGACCAUAAUAUGAUGGAAUUCUUCAUUAAGAUGGAGAGUGAAAUAGUUAAUUCAGAAACAAUGGUUCUGAACUUAAAGAAGGGUAACUUUGAAGCUAUAAGACGUGAAUUAGCUAAGAUAGACUGGCAAAUGAUACUUAAAGGGUUGAUGGUGGAUAUGCAAUGGCAAGCAUUUAAAGAUUGCAUGGAUGAACUGCAACAAUUGUUCAUCCCAGUUUGGCAAAAGAAUAAACCAGGGAAGGUAAUGCACAUGUGGCUGACAAGGGAAAUUAGGGAUAGUAUCAAGUCCAAAGAAGAAACAUAUAAAUUAGCAAAAAAAAAGUGGCACAGCUGAGGAAUGGGAGAAAUUCAGAGACCAGCAGAGGAGGACAAAGGGCUUAAUUAGGAAAGGAAAAAAAGAUUAUGAGAGAAAGCUGGCAGGGAACAUAAAAACUGACUGUAAAAACUUUUAAAGAUACGUGAAAAGAAAAAGAUUUGUCAAGACAAAUGUAGGUUCUUUACAGUCAGAUGCAGGUGAAUUGAUCAUAGGGAACAAAGACAUGGUAGACCAAUUGAAUAACUACUUUGGUUCUGUCUUCACUAAGGAGGACAUAAAUAAUCUUCCGGAAAUAGUAAGGGAUCGUGGGUCUAGUGAGAUGGAGGAACUGAGGGAAAUACAUGUUAGUAGGGAAGUGGGGUUAGGUAAAUUGAAGGGAUUAAAAGCAAAUAAAUCCCCAGGGCCAGAUGGUCUGCAUCCCAGAGUGCUUAAGGAAGAAGCCCAAGAAAUAGUGGAUGCAUUAGUGAUAAUUUCUCAAAACUCCUUAGAUUCUGGAUUAGUUCCUGAGGAUUGGAGGGUGUCUAAUGUAAUCUCACUUUUUAAAAAAUGAGGGAGAGAGAAACCAGGGAAUUAUAGACUGGUUAGUCUGACAUUGGUGGUGGGGAAAAUGCUAGGGUCGGUUAUCAAAGAUGUGAUAACAGCACAUUUGGAAAGAGGUGAAAUCAUCGGACAAAGUCAGCAUGGAUUUGUGAAAUGGAAAUCAUGUCUGAUGAAUCUUAUAGAAAUUUUUGAAGAUGUAACUAGUACAGUGGAUAGGGGAGAGCCAGUGGAUGUGGUAUAUUUAGAUUUUCAAAAGGCUUUUGACAAGGUCCUACACAGGAGAUUAGUGUGCAGACUUAAAGCACACGGUAUUGGGGGUAUGGCAUUGAUGUGGAUAGAGAAUUGGUUGGCAGACAUGAAGCAAAGAGUGGGAGUAAACGGGACCUUUUCAGAAUGGCAGGCAGUGACUAGUGGGGUACCGCAAGGCUCAGUGCUGGGACCCCAGUUGUUUACAAUAUAUAUUAAUGAUUUAGAUGAGGGAAUUAAAUGCAGCAUCUCCAAGUUUGCGGAUGACACGAAAUUGGGCGGUGGUGUUAGCUGUAAGGAGGAUGCUAAGAGGAUGCAGGAUGACUUGGAUAGGUUAGGUGAGUGGGCAAAUACAUGGCAGAUACAAUUUAAUGUGGAUAAAUGUGAGGUUAUCCACAUUGGCUGCAAGAACAGGGAAACAGAUUAUUUAUUAUCUGAACGUUGGCCAAUUAGGAAAAGGGGAGAUGCAACGAGACCUGGGUGUUAUUGUACACCAGUCAUUGAAGGCGGGCAUGCAGGUACAGCAGGCGGUGAAAAAGGCAAAUGGUAUGUUGGCAUUCAUAGCAAAAGGAUUUGAGUACAGGAGCAGGGAGGUUCUACUGCAGUUGUACAAGGCCUUGGUGAGACCACACCUAGAAUAUUGUGUGCAGUUUUGGUCCCCUAAUCUGAGGAAAGACAUUCUUGCCAUAGAGGGAGUACAGAGAAGGUUCACCAGAUUGAUUCCUGGGAUGCUAGGACUUUCAUAUGAAGAAAGACUAGGCUUAUACUCACUGGAAUUUAGAAGAUUGAGGGGGGAUCUUAUUGAAACGUAUAAAAUUCUAAAAGGAUUGGACAGGCUAGAUGCAGGAAGAUUGUUUCCAAUGUUAGGGAAGUCCAGAAUGAGGGGUCACAGUUUGAGGAUAAAGGGUAAGCCUUUUAGGACCGAGAUGAGGAAAAACUUGUUCACACAGAGAGUGGUGAAUCUGGGGAAUUUUCUGCCACAGGAAGCAGUUAAGGCCGGUUAAUUGGCUAUAUUUAAGAGGAAGUUAGAUAUGGCCCUUGUGGCUAAAGGGAUCGAGGGUAUGGAGAGAAAGUGGGUACAGGGUUCUGAGUUGGGUGAUCAGCCAUGAUCAUACUGAAUGGCGGUGCAGGCUCGAUGGGCCGAAUGGCCUACUCCUGCACCUAUUUUCUAUGUUUCUAUAUUACCCGUGGGUAUCUUGUACCUGUCAUGUGACCGUGAUGCAAUUGAUUUUAUUCUGGAGAUGAGGUAAUGGUCUUGUGAUGGGGGAGUGACAUCAUUCUCCCAUCAGUGAGAGGUCAUGUGAUAGUUUCUUUAACAGUGUAUAAAAGGAGAACCCCACUCUGUGACGUGGGCAGUCCGUGGUUGAAUUCGGUAGGGACUCCAUGAUGCUGUGUAUUCCAAUGUUAUGAAGCAGUUUCAUUUAAAAGUGGAGUUUUAUUUACUGCCUUAAGUCUCAAAGGUUAUUGCUGGCAGUUUUGCUGCAAUACUACCAGUAAAGUCAGUGGAGAGUGAAGAUUCAUCAGAGUUCAGAAAUCCCGAAGGGCCGGAAAAGUUAACGUCAACGGUGAAACAGAUUCGACCUUUGUUUAAUCUUCACAUGAGGAAUUAGUAACGAGUAUCCAUGAUAACUUCUGCUUUGGCGAAAGAGCAGUGAGUUGGAUAGAAAGUUUCGCCAAAGAAAGGUCAGUUCCUUUAAGCUGUUUUAUUUCCUUCGAUCGUAAGUCCUCCGGGGAAUAACAUACUUUGGCUGGGAUCAGCAGUAACUCCACAAAAGAAGAUUUAAAUCAUUUCAAGAAGACUCUCCUUUAACGGACUGUGUAAGCAUUUGGACUUUCACAUUACUACUUCUAGGAACUGUUUUCGCAUUCUUGCUGUUCGAGCUGCCUUAUCACAGCUGAUUUCCAGUUAAGUUAGUCGUUUGUUUACUUUUGGGCUUUUUAUGUAGUGUUUAAUAAAUGUUUUAUUUGUUAUAAACACCCUGUCUCAAUCAUAUAUUUAUUGUUGCUGAUUUGUAACAUUUGGGGGCUCGUGCAAUCUGAAUCCAUUUUUGAGUUUAAAUGCUUGUUUGAUAUUUAAUCGGUGUUUUGGAAAAGGGGAAUACUCGAUUCUUUUGUUUCAUUGGCUUGUGAGUGGUAUUCGGCAACAAUGAGUAUUGAAGAAUUCCUGACUUUGCCAGACUCGGUGUUAUUAGCAAAGGCAAAGAAAAAAAAAAUGAUGUAUUGGAGAUUGCUAGCAGGUUGGAACUUAAACGGUAUUUCAAAAGAUACAACAGAGCCUGUAAUUCAGAGAAAGAUCGUGGAACACUAGAUAGAUCUGCGUGUGCUUGAUGCAUCGGUUUUAAAUCGGUUUCCUGUGAGUAAAGCAGUGAUUCAGUUACAGUCGGAACAAUUAGCGUUGGAAAAGUUAAAAUUGAAGCUGAAUUAAAACAGAAGGAAUUGCAAGCUGAAUUGGAAUUAAGUCGAUUAGAAGCUGAAAAUAAAAAGAGACAUUUGGAAGCUAACUUGGAAUUAUGUAGGUUAGAAGCUGAGGAUAAACAGAGGGAAUUUGAACCUAAGAUAGCAGAAUUAAAGUCUAAGGGUCAGUCUUCUGGUUCCAUAAAAAACAUUUGUUGUUAGUCAGAAAAUUAAAUUGGUCCCUCCAUUUAGUGAAACAAAGCAGAAAAAUAUUUUCAACAUUUUGAAACGAUUGCUCUGAUUUCAGAAUGGCCGAAAGAGAAAUGGUCAGUGUUGUUAGAGUCUAAUUAAAGGCAAAACACAACAGCUUUAUACUGCUUUAACUGCUGAGCAAACGCUUGAUUAUGAUAUUGUGAAAAUGCACAUAUUGAAGGCUUAUCAGUUGCUCCCAGAAGCUUAUAGAGAAAGAUUCAGAAAUUUGAAGAAUUCUGUGGGAAAAAAAACUAAUGUGGAAUUUGCCUAUGAUAAAGCUGUGUGUUUUGAGAGAUGGGUUUACUCUAAAAAUGUAAAUGGGGGCUAUAAUAAAUUAAUAGUGCUGAUUUUAAUGGAGGAAUUUAAAAGAAGCAUUCCUGUUGAAGUAAGGACAUAAAUGAGAGGGGCACUGAUACAUUGCAUGACUGCUAAAUUAGCUGAUGAGUAUGCUUUAAUCCAUCAGAAUAAAUUUCCUCAGGGCAGAAUAUUUAAAAGGAAAAGUAACACAGUGAAUGAAGGUAAAUCAGAGGUUAGUGAGAAAGGUAAGAAGGAAAGCAAACCUGUGAAUGAAAGACAAUUUGGUCCCAUUUGUAAUUACUGUAAGAAACCUGGUCAUGGUUUGGACUUUCACAUUACUACUUCUAGGAACUGUUCUCACAUUAUCGCUUUAAGAACUGUUUUCGCAUUCUCGCUGUUCAAGCUGCCGUAUCACAGCUGAUUUCUG